AUGAAAAAUACUGCUGCCGUUGCAAACGCGGAAUUGGUGGAAGGGUUGGAAUUAUGGAGUAAAAAACCUGUACACGUGAGGAGACUAAGCUCGCCGGCCCCGAACCGUACACGGAAAGCUUCUUUCUCAGCAGAGUAUGUAAAGAAGAAUGGCAAUCUUUUGCGUAAUGAAGUUGAUUCUCGGUCAAUAUUUUUGCGUAAUAUCUCAUCCGAUGCAAAUGCAUCUCUGCUGGAGAGACAUUUCGAGCGUUUUGGUACGAUUAAUCGCAUCACCAUAUUCAGUAAAAGGUCAGACAAAAAGCUCAAGUGCUACGCUUACAUCGAAUUUGAUAGCGUAGACUCUGCAGAGAACUCUCUGUCAUUGAAUAAAUCGAUACUGGAAAAUCAUACUAUAGAUGUUUUGAAAAAAAGGACAAAUAUGCGGGGAUGGCGAGGAGACGAACAUAGUUAA